GCCAACAGUACCUCACUGCAACUCGGUACUGCACGCCAGCACACCAUGACGGUCAAGCGCGAAUCCGACGACGGGCACCGCGACACCAAGCGCGUCAAGACCGAAGACUCGACCAGCGCCGCCAAGCGCGAGAGCAACCCGUACCUCAGCCACUGGAACGACUCGACGGUCAAGAGCGAGGACGCCCUCGCAGGCUUCAGGCGCCAUGCUACCACGUCGAAGCAGGCCGAGGCCGCGGAGGACGGGCCCAACAACCCCUUCACCGGCCGGCCGCUGUCGAGCAAGUACAUGAGCAUCCUCAAGACGCGCCGCGACCUGCCGGUCCACCAGCAGCGCAACGAGUUCCUCAAGCUGUACCAGGAGUCGCAGAUCCUCGUCUUCGUCGGAGAGACGGGUUCCGGAAAGACGACGCAGAUCCCGCAGUUCGUCCUCUACGACGACCUCCCCCAGCAGAGCGGCCAGAUGGUCGCCUGUACGCAGCCGCGCCGAGUCGCCGCCAUGUCGGUCGCGCAGCGUGUCGCCGACGAGAUGGACGUCACGCUCGGCGAGGAGGUCGGCUACACGAUCCGCUUCGACGACAAGACGGGCCCCAACACCAUCAUGAAGUACAUGACCGACGGUAUGCUGCUGCGCGAGGCCAUGCACGACAACAACCUGUCGCGCUACAGCACCAUCAUCCUCGACGAGGCCCACGAGCGCACCCUGGCCACGGAUAUCCUGAUGGGCCUGCUGAAGGAGGUCGUCCUGCGCCGCAAGGACCUGAAGCUCAUCAUCAUGAGCGCCACCCUCGACGCCACCAAGUUCCAGAAGUACUUCCACAACGCCCCGCUGCUGGCGGUGCCCGGUCGCACGCACCCGGUCGAGGUCUUCUAUACGCCUGCGCCCGAGCGCGACUACGUCGAGGCUGCGCUGCGCACGGUGCUCCAGAUCCACGCCACCGAGCCCGAGGGCGAUGUGCUGCUGUUCUUGACCGGUGAGGAGGAGAUCGAGGACGCUUGCAGGAAAAUCAGCCUCGAGGCCCAGGAUCUGACGCGGGAAGGAGGCGCAGGGCCGCUCGUCGUGUACCCGCUCUACGGAACGCUCCCUCCCGCGCAGCAGCAGAAGAUCUUCAGCGCGGCACCGGCACCGUUGACCCCCGGCGGACGUCCUGGCCGCAAGGUCAUUGUCUCCACUAACAUCGCCGAAACGUCGCUCACCAUCGAUGGCAUUGUGUACGUCGUCGAUCCUGGCUUCAGCAAGCAAAAGGUCUACAACCCCCGCAUCCGUGUCGAGUCGCUUCUCGUUUCGCCCAUCUCAAAGGCCUCGGCCCAGCAGCGCGCUGGUCGUGCCGGUCGUACACGGCCUGGAAAGUGCUUCCGUCUGUACACCGAGUCCGCGUUCAAGAAGGAGUUGAUCGAGCAGACUUACCCAGAGAUCCUGCGCUCUAACCUGGCGAGCACAGUUCUCGAGCUGAAGAAGCUGGGCGUGGACGAUUUGGUACACUUCGACCUGAUGGACCCGCCUGCGCCCGAAACGCUCAUGCGCGCACUCGAGGAGCUCAACUACCUCGCAUGUCUGGACGACGAGGGUGAACUGACAACCCUGGGCCGGCUUGCUUCUGAGUUCCCGCUUGACCCUGCGCUGGCUGUCAUGCUGAUCACAUCGCCCGAGUUCUACUGCUCGAACGAGAUCUUGUCCUUGACCGCGCUUCUCUCCGUGCCCCAGAUCUUCGUUCGCCCAGCAAGCAACCGCAAGCGCGCCGACGAGAUGAAGGAGCUGUUUGCACACCCCAAGGGCGACCACCUCACCAUGCUCAACGUGUACCACGCAUUCAAGGGUGAGGAGGCGCAGGCGAACCCAAAGCAGUGGUGCCACGACCACUUCCUCUCGUAUCGCGCACUGCAGCAGGCAGACAAUGUGCGCCUGCAGCUCAAGCGCAUAAUGGAGCGCUCCGAGCUCGAGCUCAUGUCCACGCCCUUUGAGAACAAGAAGUACUACGAGAACAUCCAGCGCGCUCUCGUCGCCGGCUUCUUCAUGCAGGUCGCCAAGCGCGACGGCAACGGGAAGCAGUACACGACCGUCAAGGACGAGCAGACCGUGCUGCUGCAUCCUAGCACGGUGCUGGCCGAGGACAGCGAAUGGGUCGUGUACAACGAGUUUGUCCUCACAACCAAGAACUACAUCCGCACCGUGACCAGCGUCCGGCCGGAGUGGCUUCUGGAUAUCUCGCCCAACUACUACGAUCUCUCGACGUUCAAGAAGGGUGAAAUCAAGACUGCGCUCCAGCGGGCGUCGACGAAGCUGAUGCGCAAAGAGGCCGAGAAGGGCAGGAGGUAAUGCAAACGGAGUGUGCGAAAUAUUCUACAGUUGGAUUUAACGAACAACGAUCAAGUUUGAUGACGAGCAGAUGCAAUUCAGGCGUUGGCAAAUCUGCGGCCUGGACUGCAGCCUCUGGCGUUGAGUGGUAUAGAGUUGGAACGACGGAAAGUAAAGAGAUUCAAACGAGUUCAAAGAGCUCGUUAACAUACUUCUUCCAGGAUUGGCAGUAAGCGUGGCCAUUGUCGUGAUUUCAACAGAAGGGUGCUUACCGUUCGAUCUCUGUUGCCUUUCGCACAGCUUGCUGUGAUGAGGGGCUCCCAAAACGUUCGGACCUUCAUCAUUGCAAAGAAGCGCGGUGCUCGCUUGAAGAAGGGCGUUGGUAGUUCCGGGAUGUUGAAGCUCGCAGCAUCGAAUGCAUAUCACAACGCCUAGGAGAAUCAAACAACCCGCUGUUUAGGCUGGCAGGAAGGAGCAG